UUUAAUGAAAGACCAUACUUUAUUUGUGUUCUAAGUCCCAAAGGACCUUUUUUGUGCUUUUUGUUUUUGAUACACUGAUUUAAAGAAAACUUCAGUAAGAUUAUCAGGAAGUAGUUAACAAAAUUACUGACUUUCUGCAUUAAUAUUUCUUGUUUAGAUAUCUCUGAAGGUUCUCUGCAGACGUAGCAACAGAGAUGGCUGCUUAUGCUGCUGUAACUUCUCUGAUGGGAACAAUACACCUUAUUUCACAAUCCAACUUAGAUUUACUAGAGGGUAACAAAGAACAUUUGGAAUUACUCUACGAGAAGGUUGGCUCUCUACAAGAACUUCUUGACAAUUCUGAUGAUGAACAAAUGAAGGAUUUGCAAAAAAAGAUCAAAUAUCUAGCAAAUGAAGUAGAAGAUGAAAUUGAAUCAUACAUUCAAAGAGAGUCCCUUAACACACUUCCUAAAAUGUUGCAACGAGCUACAAAAAUCUUCCGCCUUCCAACAGCUCAGGAGAGGCUUUUUAAGACCUUUCAACGAGCUACAGAAAUUUUCCACCUUCCAACAGCUCAUGAUAUGCUUCAUAAGAUGUUGCAACGAGCUAUGGAAGACAUCGAUUCUGUGAAGGAAGACGUCCUCAAGCUAAAGGAGAAUAAUAAUAUGCGAGCUGUACUAGAUUGUUCAAUUGGUGGUAUAAGUUCACCGCGAUUGCAUGUUUCAACCUUUGAGAAUGUUAUGGUGGGGUACAACAUUGAACAAGAGUUCAUGCGGAGUCAACUUAAGGGAUACUCAUCUCAAUUAGAAGUGAUCUCUAUUGCUGGGAUGGGCGGCAUAGGUAAGUCAACUUUUGCUAAUAAGAUGUUUUAUGAUCCCUCAAUUCUGAGCUUCUUUGAUGUUCGUGGAUGGAUUACUGUGUCUAAGGACUACAGUUUAAGAAAGAUGAUUCUAUGCCUCCUUCAAGAUGCUAUUGGGGUGAAAGAAGAACUUGAUAAUGUAAGCGAUGGAGAUCUAGCAGAUCGCUUACAAAAAAGUUUAAAGGGUAGGAGGUAUUUGAUUGUUGUGGAUAACAUAUGGAGCACGAAAGCCUGGGAUGAGAUUAGACUAUGUUUUCCAGAAAACAAUAAUAGAAGUCGGAUAUUGUUGACUACUCGAGAUAUGAAGGUUGCUCAAUAUGCAAGUUAUCCUAAGGAUCCUUUUCCAAUGCGUUUCCUAGAACCAGAGGAAAGUUGGAAAUUGUUUUACCAGAAGGCAUUUGACAAAAAACAUUUCCCAAUUGAAUUUGAGAAUCUCGCAAAGGAAGUUGUAAAUAAUUGCAAAGGAUUACCACUAAUGAUUUCUGUGGUUGCAGGGACUCUCUCUAGCAAGAGCACAUUGGACGAGUGGACUAACGUAGCUCAAAGUGUGAGCUCUUUAGUAAACCUUGAUGAUUAUCAACGUUGCUCAGGAGUGCUCGCUUUGAGCUACAAUCAUCUUCCUUCACAUUUGAAAGCUUGCUUUCUGUAUUUUGGAGUUUUCCCAAAAGAUAGAGAUAUUUCUAUGAAAAAGUUGAUUAGAUUAUGGGUUGCAGAAGGGCUAUUAGAGCUAAAGGGGCUUGAGGGAUUUGAAAAAGUGGCUGCUAAUCGGUUACAUGAUCUUAUUGAUAAAAGUCUAGUUGCUGUUAGCAAGCGAAGUUUGGAUGGAAAAAUCAAAACAUGUAGGAUUCAUGAUCUUCUCCAUGAUUUAUGCUUGAGAGAAGCUGAAAGCAAUGGUCUUUCGUAUGUUUUAAAUCCCUCGAUUUCUAAGAGACGAAUAACAGAUUGUCCUCAUGGUCGUCGGUGGGUAUCAGUUCAUUCAAAGCAAGGUUGUUUCUCUCCCAUGCUUUUUGAUAAUCUUACUCACAGCAAAACGCGCUCUCUUCUUUUUUCGUCCAACCAAAUCAAUCGGUGUUAUGAUUUAGGACUAGUACAUUUCAAACUUCUUAGAGUAUUGGACUUGGAGACAAUGAGAUUGGGUUUAUUCCCCAGUGAAAUAGUAGACUUAGUUUCUUUAAGGUAUUUGGCCGUGAUGGUUUUUGGGAUUCGUAAAGAUCUACCAAUUUCCAAUCUUUGGAAUUUACAAACGUUUAUUUUCCCUCAAUACACUCCACAAACCGGAACCAUAUAUUUACCAAAUGAAAUUUGGGAAUUGUCUCAAUUGAGGCACCUCCAGUCUACAAGGAUGUAUUUGUGUUCUCCUCCAAAGGUACCAACUAAUGAAGUUAAGUACCAAGUUUUGGAGAACUUGUUAAGUGUUUCUGGGUUGAGUCCUCGUUGUUGCACGAAAGAAAUAUUUGAAGGGAUUAAAAAUGUGAAAAAAUUGGGGAUUUCUGGAACUGAAGACGAAUUCGAUAGUGAGCCCAGAUGCCUAGAUAACCUAAUAUAUUUACAUGAGGUUGAGGCACUAAAUAUUGCAUCAUACAACUCUUUCAGAGUUGAUUUUUUUCUUAGGCUUCCCUGUCUGAGCUCUUUCCCACCAAAUCUCAAGAAGCUGACACUUUGCGGUACCAGUUUAGGAUGGAAGGACAUGACCAUCAUUAGCAUGUUGCCGAAACUCGAGGUUCUCAAAUUGAAGGAUCAUGCUUUUGUGGCAAACAUGGUAUGGGAAGUAACAGAGGCGGGAUUUCCUGAAUUGAAAUUCUUGCUCCUUGAAGAGUUGAUUCUUAAAUAUUGGAGAGCCGCUGAUGAUUUUUUCCCAUGCCUUGAGCGCGUAGUUAUCAAAAAUUGUAGCUUCUUACAAGAGAUUCCUCGGGGAUUUGCAGAUAGUAUGACAUUGGAGCUAAUUGAGUUACAUCAAUGUUCUCCUUACCUAGUGAGUUUUGCUGAGUUGAUCCGAAAAGAGCAAGAGGAUUUGGGGAACGACAUGCUUAAAAUUUAUGCCUUUGACACAAGAGAUUGGUAACAGUUGACUAUGGUUCGGCUCAGUUGCAGAAGUAUGUAAAUAUGUGUUGUAUAAAAGAGACAGCUAAAUUUUGCAGAUAGUACCAAAUUGCAGGUCAUUGAGUUACAAAAGUGUUGCUUUUUCCAUAUUAGUAGCCGUAGCAUUACUCUUUUAGGUUCUUGUUUCUUUGAUUUCUAUUACUACAUAUUGUUCCUUGUAAUUCGCUUAUCAUAUUAUUUUGUUGUAGUUAUUGUUCUUUUUCA